GAGAGACAGACAGCAGUAGCCAGAUGGAGCCUAGUUUGUUUUGAAGUAGCUGCUGCUAAGAGCAGGACAGUCUGUCGGCACCAGUGUGGUGUAUGUGUGUGUAUGUAUGAGGGGAAGAGCUCAUUAUACCCUGCUUGGACGACGACAGCAAACCACUGUUUUCUGCUUAUGUGGACAGAUCUCAUGUUGUAAGUGUGCUGCUCAGUGUGGAGGCCCUCUGUGCAGCUCAAGGUCAGGAAGAUCCAGCAGCAGCCUCCAGGAACUGUCCCGUCUGGAUCUUGGGACCCACAGAGGCGGGUGGGGGCAAGUUUCCCUGUUCCUCGAUUAUAGGAGCACUAUGCAGGGCUACAGGACUGUAGAGGACAACUGUAGAGGAAAUGAGGCCUAAACUACUGUCAAUACCUCCUACAACAGCAUCAGUUCUCCCAGCCUGAUCCUGUGUCAGGGACUAAGGGAAUGGGCCCAGCCUCACUGCAGGGGGAGAGAGAGUCGGAGAAAGGGUCCAAGGGGGAAAUGGAGGGCUACCGCUGCCUUCUGCAGGCUGGAUCCCAGCUGGAGAGCACUCUGCAGCAGGUGACUGUCCCUGUAAGCUUGAAGGAGGUGGGAGGCUACAUAGAGAAACAGGUGGCAUACCUGUCAGGGGGCCGUGGGGAAGACUCCAGUGUCAUCAUCACCCUCCCAGAGUGCUCCGCUUUCAGUGACAUUCCCGAGAAAGCUUUAGCCAAAGUCUUUACAUACCUCACACUCAUCCCUCGAACCAGACAACCCGGAGUCAAAUUUAUCAUCAUUUUAGACCGAAGACUGGAUACAUGGGCCUCUAUCAAAACUGCACUUGCCAGGAUAGCAGCCUCCUUUCCUGGGAACCUUCACUUGGUCUUGGUGCUUCGACCCACCAGCUUCUUCCACCGCACUGUUACUGAUAUUGGCUUUCGCUUCAGCCAAGAGGACUUCAUGCUCAAGAUGCCAGUGGUGAUGCUGAGCUCAGUCACAGACCUGCUGCACUACAUCAAUGAGAACCAGCUGACUUCCGAGUUUGGAGGCACUUUGGACUAUUGUCAUAGUGACUGGAUUGUUUUACGAACAGCUAUUGAAAGUUUUGCUGUCACAGUCAAAGACAUUGCACAGAUGCUACAGGGCUUUGGCACAGAGCUGGCAGAGACGGCGCUGUCUGAUGAGGGGAAAGCCAUUGAGUAUCUCCUCGAGUCUCACACUGACAAGUACAGGAAACUCAAGGAUGCAAUCAGGUCUGUGUCAAAGGAAGGUCGACAUCUUCUCGCAAGCCUAGAGAGCUCAGGAAAGGAGGAUGACUCCCAGUGGGAUGUGAGGCUGGACUGGGAGACAGUACAGAGGCUUCUUGCUCAGCUCAGAGACAUGGAGUCAGCCUUUGAUGGCUUCUUUGAGAAGCAUCAUCUGAAACUCCAUCAGUACCUUCAGUUGCUAAGAUACGAACAAAGCUUUCAGGAGAUGGAGUUGUGUCUGGAGCAUCUGAUGGGUCAGGAGAGGGAGCUGUCCAUAUCUGUUGACACUCUGAUCCAAACAGAACAGGCUCUGAAAAGGUUAGACAGUCUGGAAUCAAAUGCACAGGAGGUGAUGUCUCGAGCUCAGAUCAUCAUCCUUCAUGGACACCAGCUAUCAGCCGGUCACCACUAUGCCAUGGCUCUUAUUAUGCAGCGCUGCAACGAGCUUCGCCACUACUGUGAUACACUCAAUGCUGCUCUAAAGACCAAACACACUCGUCUUUUGCAAACACACCAGCUGCUGCUUUGUCUUGAACAGGCCCACACUUGGUGUGAUGAUGGAGCGUAUCUGCUGGCCAAUCAGCUGAUAGAUAAGUACCAGUCUAAGGAGGGGGCCCAGGCUGCUUUGAGGGACAUUGAACAGUUUCUGGAGGGAGCCCCGUCUAUGCUUAGCUUAGGACCUGAAAUCCUGGCCAUUGAGUACGAGGCUGUCAUCACUCCUCAGCUGCAAGCCCAGAUAGGGAAAACGCUCGAGAAGCAUGCAACAGUGCAGCAGAUGAUCCAGAGCCGACAGGCUUCUCUAAGAAAGCUGGCUGAUAAACAUGUGCGACCAAUCCAACUUGUUGCCCCCAGGCCUGAAAACCCACCACGUGCCAAGUCCCCGCUCUUCUCCCCCAAACAUGGUGAUGGUUUGAAGUUUACAUUCGACCUCUCCCUGCCUGGGAAGAGAUCAUCCCGAAAGAGCCCCAACCCUAGAAAAAUAGAGGUGAUCCACGACUACCAGGAGAGCUGGAACUACGUUUCGUACAGUCUGGAUGGAGAGGACAGCCCUGAUCUCUUGAAGCGUCAUGUAAUGAGGGAACUCAUAGAGACAGAAAGAAUCUAUGUGGAAGAGUUGCUGUCAGUUCUGCUGGGUUACAGGGCUGAGAUGGACAACCCAGCUCUGUCAGGACUUCUGCCCCCGAUCCUGCGCAGCAAGAGAGACAUCCUCUUUGGAAACAUGCCUGAGAUCUACAACUUUCACAGCAGGGUUUUCCUUCAGGACCUGGAAGGAUGCCUGGAGGCUCCUGAAAGUGUGGGAGCUUGUUUUCUGGAGCGGAAAGAGAGUUUCCAAAUGUACGAAUGUUACUGUCAGAAUAAGCCACGCUCUGAGGCACUGUGGAGACAAUUCUCAGACUGUGGCUUCUUUCAGGAGUGUCAAAAAAAGCUGGAGCACAAACUGGGCCUGGAUUCCUACCUGUUGAAACCAGUCCAACGCCUCACCAAAUACCAGCUGCUGCUUAAGGAACUUCUGAAACACAGUCCUGAUUGUGAGGGGACCUCAGAACUGCAGGGGGCAUUAACAGCAAUGCUGGACCUGUUAAAAUCAGUCAAUGACUCUAUGCAUCAGAUAGCCAUCACAGGAUAUGAGGGUGACAUUUGCGAGCUGGGCCGUGUGUUGAUGCAGGGUUCGUUCAGUGUGUGGAUCAGCCAUAAGAAAGGGCCCACACGCAUGAAGGAGCUAGCUCGCUUCAAGCCAAUGCAGAGACACCUCUUCUUGUAUGAGAGAGUUCUGCUCUUCUGCAAGCGGAGGGAGGAGCACGGAGACGGAUGCGACAAAACCCCCUGCUACAGCUUCAAGCACUGUCUCAAGAUGACUGCUGUGGGUAUCACAGAGAACGUCAAGGGAGAUGUGAAGAAGUUUGAGAUCUGGUACAGUGGCAGGGAGGAAGUGUAUGUGGUUCAGGCUCCUACGCUGGAGGUGAAGAUGGCCUGGCUCAAUGAGCUACGCAGAAUCCUGACUAACCAGCAGAAGCUGCUCAGAGAUGAAGCAUAUCAACAUGGCCAAAUGGUUGGACACAUACCGCUUUCUCCACCACUCUCUGAGAGCAAGCAGCAGAGGGUGUCAGUGAGCUCGGAGGACACUGAGUCAGGGAGGAGCAGUCCAGACCCCCAGCCUCACUCCCCUAAACACCAGCACAACCGCAAGAGUUGGCCAGGAGCUCAUCACUCGGUAGACAUCUGCGAGGGUCUGGAGAAGUGGUCUGGAGGUCGAGACACCUUCCACCCAUCUGACACAGAGGAGGAGGUUUUGGUGCAACUGUCUCCAGGCAGAUACAGGGCUCUGGCUGACUGCCUUCAAAAUGGACCAGACAGCCUUAUCAUCAAAUGUGGAGACGUCAUACAACUGCAGUGUGAAGACAACAAGGGACACUGGCUGGUGAAAAACCUGAGUCGGCAACUGGAGGGCUUCAUAGCAGCUGCCAGCCUGCGGCUGAUUCUAGUAGACAGCAGUCGAGCACACUCCUCUGGACUAGGGGUGUGUGUAUUUUCUUGUAGACCCACGGAACCUGCAGCCGAGAAAGCUCAGCUCCCCGUAGAGAAGAAAUCACAGAAUGUGAUUCUAAUGUGUACCUGUGGAGGAUGAACAGAAGGAAAAGGUUGAGCCAUAGCUGUCUCAUAAGUGAUCAGCCACCCACUCCUCACUCCUUGGUGACGUCUGCUUUCUCCAGCACAAUCAUUAAAGAGAAAUGUGUGGGAAUCUAGAUACCUGAUUUUCUUCCAGGUUAUGAUGGACAAUCUACUGGGCUGGAGUUUUCUGAUUGUCAAGGUGUGCUGCGGCACCAGUGCAAAGGCUCAGGAACUGUUUAGCCCUCUUGGACAAUCAACAGCCGAUUUUUGGACCCUGAUUGGUCUUCCUCUUUUCUGAUUGGUGUGGAGAAUCUUCCAUUUGUAACACACAUAAAGUCAGGAUGUGAGGUUGCUGCUCUAGCAGUUUGUCAUUUCUCAAUCAUUAAAACCCUUCCUCAUUCCAGCUAGUAUUCGGGAUUGUAGUAUCUCCGAGUGUGUGUGUUCCUGUUUGUCUUACUGUGUGCUGGAUGGAUAGUAGCCCAGGAUUUUCCUGAAACAUUUCUUAAAAAAAGAGACUUUUGUACAUAUACUGUAUCAUUUUUUUUUAAAGAUUAUUUUUUUGAGGGGUUUUCCCAUUUAUUAAAUUGAUAGGCGGGAUGAAACGUAGAAAAAGGGCCACAAGUCGUAUUUAAACCCAGGCCGCUGCAGUACUCAGCCAACAUGGGGCAAACACUCUUAUUGGGUGAGCUAGAGGUCACCCCACUGUUUCAUUUUUAACAUUCAUUGUAAUUCAGUGUUUCAUCUUUGUGUAGUUGACAUUUGUAUUUUUCUUACAUCUCAUUCCUUAAGUCACCAAUCUUCUGUAUAGUCUAGGAGUUAGAAUGCCAAAAUGUGCCGUGCCAUAAUGCCUUUUUUAUUCCUGCUUUUUUGGAGUCUCUUGUAUGUACUGUUUGCAAAAUCAAAUACUCUGUUAUUGCUUUAACCUUACCUCACAGAUAUUCAAAAGACACUUUAAUAAGGUGGAUAGACGUGAAAAUCAAAAAAUCCACCUAUUGUCCACUGAAUGUCUGCUUUUCUUGCUGCUUUACCUCUCUUACUGUGUAUUUCCUCUCAGUCAUGCUGUUACUUUCUUUGUUUGUUCUUGAAUGUAUGAUGUGUUAGGAAGACAGGGGAGACAUAAUCCUCUGCAUGCAGGCAGCGGUUGACAUGUCAGUGAUGGUACUGUAAGACAUAAGCGGACAUGAUGAAGAUUGAUGGUAAUGUAUUCUUUAGUGUAGAAGAAACAGAGAGGGAGAGAGAGUUUAUCCUCCGUGUACGAAGGCGAAGGCAGAUUGCACCAUUACAGAACAGUUAAUCUCAAGUUCCCCAUUAAAAGGGAUCACACAGCCAACAUGAAAUAUACCCUCUGUGUCGAACGCUUAAUUAAAUAUUGAUUGCAGACUUAUAUGAAUUUACCACGUAAAAUCCAGGCCCCGGCCGGAAGUCUGCUUUUGAUUUGCUGUGUUUGAUAUGGUAAUGAGUCUAUAAAGCAGCAGGGGCUACUCUGCACUGCACUUUUCCUAUGUUUAUUUAUUUUGCUGUCAUGUUGUUCCUAUAUAUUGAGCGGUAUCUGUGCAGCUCCAAAUGAAAUUACAUCUCUAUAUUUUCUACAGGAGCUAUGCUUGACAGCACAUCAAAACCCCAUUUUAUUUAUUUUUUAGCAUAUAUGAUGAAGUCAGAUGGCUUCUUUGUAACUAAUCCAAAAUGCUGCAGAUUUUGCACAGAUUUUCCUGGUUGGAAAACAAAACAAAGAAACCUGCUUAAAAUAUGUGUGUGUCCUGAUGAGCCAAGUAGCCUGAGCUUGUUGCUGAAUGUUUCUUUAAGAUGAAAAUGCAUGGCAACUGAACAAGGUUUGUCUUGUUAGACAGUCACUGUCUUAAACUGGCUUAGCAAUAAUUCUUUUGGUAAUUGAAAUAAUUCAAUACUUGUUUUAACAUGGUGAUAAGUUUGCUAAAAACUAAGGCUGUUCUUUUUCAUGCACCCUGAUUUACUCUUGUAAUUAUGUGUUCUUGUUUUAUUGGAAGCCAAUUAACAUAAUAAAGUUGUGCAAACUUUU